AUGGGAUGGAGAAGUCUCAUAGAGCGGGAGGGAGCUGACAGUUGUGUGUCAGGCGGCUGUGUCAGAAUUCUUGAUGUGCUAGUCGGAAGACCACACAGAAGUUUGGAUAGCCCUUCCAGAAGUCUAGUUGAAGAGAAAAGGCUAAGGAAGGCAAGGGUACCAGGAAGACCUUUAGGUACUCCGGAUGUUCUAUCUGGAAGGCUACUUUGGAAUUCUGGAGUACUUAUCCGGAGUUCUGGAUGUGAAGGAAUCAUGAAGGACAAGACCACAGGUGAAAGACAAUUCUGGAAUUACGGAUCGGUUCCAAUUGGAAGUUUGGUUAUUGUUCAUUCAAAAUUCUGGAUGAACGUAUGUAAGCUCUCCAAAACUUCCUGGAAUAUGAAGAUUUUGAAGAACCAUGAUUAA